GGAGAGCGGUGGGGAACACGGAUCGCGCGCUCGUGCGUGUGCGCCUCGCUCGUGAUCGCUCGGUGCGGCCAAGGAGGUAAACAUUGUACAGUACGAUUGGCCGGCCCCGAGGCGGCGGGUCUUUCGCUUUUUCGUCUUGGCCCGUCUCUUACGAGAAGAAGAAGAGAAACGACUUUCUUUGUUUCUUUUUCGAGUUUUUUGCUUUUUCUCGUGGAAAUUUCUCGAGUUUUGAUUUGCGGAUCCUUUCAAAUUAAAGUCGAGAUUUUACUAAUCACUCGCUUUAGUAUUGGUGCAGAACUUCUUCCCGAUGUUAUUGAAACGAAGGAUGAUGAUAUCCAGUGCGUGCAACCCAGAUUUUGGAUUACACUGAAGUGUAACACAGCGUACAGUUUCCUCAAUGUUGGGCUACUAUCAGACGGAAUCUGUAUUGCCGAAUCCAGCGAUGUCAAUAUCGGCGCCAAUUGGUGAUAUGGCAACCGGUUUAGAGACUCCAACUUCGGUGAAAAGCUUGGUAUGCAGCCCGGAUCUCACAAUGUUCGCGGCCACACCGGCGUGCAAUGGAGUUGAGGCCGCAGCUCCGGCUAGUCCAACAACGGCAGAGAUUGGAAAAUACCAAUGUUUGCUCUGUCAGAAGAACUUCACGCAGAAGAGCGUGUAUCAAAGUCACCUGAGGUCACACGGCAAGGAAGGCGAAGACCCAUAUCGUUGCAACAUCUGCGGCAAAACGUUCGCGGUGCCGGCGCGACUGACGCGCCACUAUCGCACCCACACCGGUGAGAAACCGUACCAGUGCGAGUACUGCAACAAGUCGUUUUCAGUGAAGGAGAACCUCAGCGUACACCGGCGCAUCCACACGAAAGAACGACCGUACAAAUGCGACGUUUGCGGACGCGCGUUUGAACACAGUGGCAAGCUACACCGCCACAUGCGCAUUCAUACCGGCGAACGUCCGCACAAGUGCACUGUAUGCGCCAAGACGUUCAUACAGAGCGGUCAGCUGGUAAUACACAUGCGCACGCACACUGGUGAGAAGCCAUAUGUGUGUAAGGCAUGUAAGAAGGGCUUCACCUGUUCCAAGCAGUUGAAAGUGCAUACACGCACCCACACCGGCGAGAAGCCCUACAUUUGUGACAUCUGCCGCAAGGCGUUUGGCUAUAACCACGUGCUAAAGCUGCAUCAGGUAUCACACUAUGGCGAGAAAGUGUAUAAGUGUACGAUCUGCAACGAAACCUUCGGCUCUAAAAAAACGAUGGAACUGCAUAUCAAGAAACAUCCGGAAUCGCCGGCAUCCGUCACUUCCACGGUCACUGAUAGCUGUAUCUCCUCGCCAAUCGAACCGGACGUUGAGAUCUCUCACGGCGGUGGUGUCAAUCUUGACUCGACUACGAUGUCAGCGAGUCCAGAUUUACCAGGUAUUACCGUUGAUAAUAAGGAGAACUUGAAGACUGAAGAAGCCUAUCCGGAUUCGACGUCGAACGCUUACGCCGUUCAACGCGAUUUUGCAUACUAUCUCUAUUCCGGCAGCAGAGAGCAGCAAUAUUCGCAGCCAUUAGUAGCACCACCGUCGAGCACGGCAGAACCUGUGCUCACUAACAUUGAUGAGAAACGCUUCCAGGCGAGUGUGGUUGUGAGCACGCCGCUCGAACCAGUUACCCACCACGUGUUCUUCUAUCCCGAGCCAGCGUACACUAGCUUCGGUUUGACCGCUAGUAGCGGCGUCGAUCUUGAUGCUGCUGACUGCUCGUCCCUUUUAAAUCUGCCGGGUAAUGACGCACGCCGAAGAGUUGAGGCCGCUCUGGAGGCGGUUGAAGAAGAGUGUCAGAGACAAGAAUACAGCGUCGGGAUCGUCAAGAUCGAUCGAGAACCAUUGCUUACGCCACCGUGCAGCAACCCUGAAAGUCCAGCAUCGUCACCUGAGUUGGCUUUGGAUCUAGCAAUACCACCACGGGAAACAUUGAUCUUGCCGCCCAGAAAACGUAGCAAAAUGAUUCUUCAAUCUAUGGAGAGCGAGUACAGGAGUAACAGUGGCAGCGGUGACAGUCUAAUUGCGACACAAAGGCAAAAUUCCGUCAUCCAGUUUGCACGAGCUUCAUAGUGCACCGAAACCUCUAACUGCUUCGCGAAAUCGCUUCAAAGAUGUUUUCAGAAACUGGAAGAAAGGAUCUUCCGGAAGGUUCUAUUUUGGUAACAUCAAGAUUGAGAAUUGGAAAGAACCGUUUUUAUUCCUAUGAUCAGGACAAAUUUGAGAGGAACAAGAACUUCAUAGCAGUCAUGAUUUUUAGCAGUUUCUUGAUUUCCAGUGAUAAUUACAAAGUGCACGAAUAAUGGAUUUUUAAUUUGUCAAUGUGCCGCGAAACUGCGUGUGGCAAAGAUGUGGCAUUUUCGUUUUAACAAUUGAACAGGAAAAAGAAAUUCACCUAUUUCUUUGGUGCUUCUAUGAUAAAUCUUGAAUGUAACGCAAAUAAAUUGCAGCAUUGACGUGUUAUAAUUCCAUUUACAAUCAGCUUCCGAGAAAAAGCUGAUCGCACCAAGUUAGUUCGGUGAUCGAAGUUGCGUUUGUUACUUAAUGACAUUUAAUAAUAAUUUACACAAUAUGUAACGAACUGCGUGUAACAGCUUACGAGCGACAACAUUUGCUAUGUUGUCGAACUUGUUCGAUAAGCUUCUUGAUCUUUUGAGGCUUUAAUGUUACGUGUAUGUUGAAUGCGUGAAAAAUGAAAAGAGAGACUGGAUAUAUUCCUCGAUCAUGAAAAGAUCGUAUUGAUCGUGAGCGUGCAUGGUGAGGUAGCCGCGCGUACGUAAUACUGUAGCUAUUAAAAAAACGUAAUCUCGUUAAAGCAAAUUUUUUUCAGAAAAAAAUUUAAAGAAGGAUAAUUUGAGAAAAGAUCAUUAAAAAAUA